AUGUAUAUUUUAGAAAUUCUGUUGAUCAUUGUUGGAUAUAGUUGUCAUAUUAACGUGCAUAUUGAUGAUUCCAAAGGAUCUUUCAAUAUCACUAUAAACAGUCGCCUCUGGCUUCGUUCAUCCUACACGCGACUGUAUGCUUCGAAUCAAUGGUUUUCAACACAAGAUGAAUCUCUUCUCCUAAUCGACAAACAUUCGAAUGAAGGCAAUGAUUCGACAUUAGGAAAAUGGAAUGAAACAUGUUUGAUUUAUCAGUUUUAUUUCAACGACACAUCCGUGAAUAUAUCAGGAAGUAUUCGUCAAUGGGAAUCAAUUCCAGCGAUAACAUUUCAUUUUCAGAGUGCGACAAUAAUCGACUUAAACAAUGAUCGAUUACUUGAUAUGGAUCGAGUUCGAAGUGUCUUCCCUUCAUUUUAUGCUGAAAAGUUCGACAAGAAUGAUCAUCGAGGAUAUCUAACAUUCGGAGGGAUGAUGAUGGGUGAUAUGGAAAAACAUGCUGGAAUAUGGAACUCCAGAAGUCGAUUUCUGAAGACGGGAAUGAGUGGUGGUCCGCUGGUCAUAUUCAACUUAACUGAGAAUGGUCAAGGUGAUUCAAUCAUCAUUUCACCAUUGUCACAAUUCAUGUCUAGUUCGUUAAGUCUGAAUAUCAACAUUGUUGAAUAUGGUUUUCUUGGUUCCAUUCGGUCGAUUCCAAUGAAUUCAACAAAUUCUUUAAUUAUUUAUUAUUCAUCCCAAGGUAUUAAUCAUCUUCUCGAUCAAUGGGGUAAAACAAUGCAAAAAGUUUAUAAGAAAACCAAUGAAUAUCGUUCCAAAGAUGUAACAAACAACUAUCUCGGUUAUUAUACGGAUAACGGUGCUUAUUAUUAUUAUCAUACUGAGUCUGAAAUGAAUUAUGAACAAACAGUUCUGUCCAUAAAGGAGAAUCUUUCAAUACCAAUCCAUUAUAUUCAAUUGGAUUCUUGGUGGUAUUAUAAAGGACUAGCAAAUGGCGUUUACCAAUGGAUAUCACGUUCGGAAAUAUUUCCUGAUGGGCUUGAAGGUUUGAAUGAAAAACUCAAUAAUUUUCCAUUAGCUGGGCAUAAUCGAUACUGGUCAUUAGACACAAUUUAUUCACGAAAUUAUAGUUUUGUUUUCGAUGAGAGUAAUCUGAAAAGUCUUCCGCUGAGUAACGAUUCUUUUUGGAUUGAUCUAUUCAAUUCUUCGUCAAAAUGGAAUUUAAUUUUAUAUGAACAAGAUUGGAUGAACCAUCAAACGAUCGAUUUUCUUCCUUUACGUGAAGAUUUCUAUCUCGGUCGACAAUGGUUAAUUCAAAUGGGUUAUGCAGCUGAUCUAUUCAAUAUUAAUCUUCAAUAUUGUAUGAGUCUACCUCGACAUGCUCUUCAAUCGUUGGAAAUUCAACGUGUAACGCAAGCAAGAGUAUCCGAUGAUUAUUAUAUUCAUAUUGUUCAUCGAAUUCCUCAGUGGAAAAUCGGAGUAUCGUCUAUGCUAGCGAAUGCGCUCGGUUUAGCACCAUUCAAAGAUAUUUUCUGGUCAACAGAAGUUCAAAAUGGUGCUCCGUACAAAUCGAGCGUAAAAGAACCUUUACCUGAUAGAGAAAUUCUAAUCGCAACACUUUCGACGGGUCCAGUAGCAACUGGCGAUGGAAUUAACUAUAUCAAUAAAGGACGUAUUAUGAGAUGUUGUCGACAAGAUGGUUUGAUUUUAAAACCAUCACGUCCCUUAACAAUGAUUGAUUUAUUAAUAUCUGAUUGGGCGAAAAACAAAGGUGUCAAUCAAGGUGAACUUUAUUCCACACAAACGGUCAUAAAUGAUCAAAUCUUUUCAAUGAUAUUUGCAUCAUCAAUGCGGCGUAAUUACUCAAUAGUCCCGUCGAUGAUCGGGUCACCAGAUGGAAUUGUCUGGUCAUUUUCUAAUCCGUAUGAAUUGUUUACUUUCGAUAAUAACCAUCCACUUGAUAUACCACAUGAAAUAUGUAAUGAUACAACAUAUUGUCUUUGGUAUAGUUCGUCGUUAUGGCAAUUCAGCGAUUCUUUAUCCACUAAAUACGCUUUCAUGGGUGAAUUGAAUAAAUGGACAUUUGUUAGUGAACAGAGAUUUUCAUCGAUUGAAAGAAAUUCUCAGAAUACUCAAACGACAAUAACGAUUCAAGGUGUAACCGAUGAACUAGUCGAUGUUCUUGUUUAUCAUUCAAAAUACGAAUCUAUUAUUCAGUUAUCUUGUCAUUUUUCUGCAGAUAAACUGCGAACUCAACUUAUAAUUAAUUCUACAAAUUCAUUUUGCGCAAAUCUAUCCAUAAGACCUAAACAAUCCUUUUUCAUAGUGAGAUCUCGAUCGUUAUAUCAUCGAUCACUACAGAUGGCUUCAAAUAAGACCCUCAAAAUAAAGAAGGUACUUGCCAAAAAACAAAAGCAAAACCGACCUGUUCCACAAUGGAUCCGUAUGCGUACAGGCAACACCAUUCGAUACAACUCAAAACGUCGUCAUUUCCGUCGUACCAAACUCAAAUUAUAA